AUGUGAACACAUCGCUAACACAGGUGCAUCGUAUUCGCUAACAGAAUUCGGCGUGCAAAAGAAAAAUUUACGUUUAUAAAUUUUUGAGGCGAGCUGGAAUUCGCCAAAUUUGCAGCAAGCAGACAAGUUGACUAAUCGGGCUGCCAAAGUGUUGCCACAACCAGGAAUCAAUCAGCAGAUACCAACUGCAGCCACAACCAAGCGUUGUCGUCGUCGCCGUCGUCGUUGUCCUCGUUGCCCGAGCGUCUCGUGUAGAUUUUCAGCAGUGAAUUACUUUCGGCAUUUCGUUGGUGUUGCGAGAAGAAGCGUGUUGAGACUGCGCCAGGAAAGAUGGUUAAAGCUAAAAAGGGCAAGAAAGAGAUACUGACCACCGAAGUCGAGGGCGCCUCAUCUUCGGACGAAAUCGAAAGUAAUGCUGCCAUGGACUCGGACAACGAACAAUUGAGCAACAAUAAUAACAGCAACAACAACAAGAAGAAUCAGCAGAAGGGCAACAGCAAGAAGAAGAACAAGAAAACAAAUGCCGAUUCAGAUGAGGGCAGCGAUCCGGCGGAGAGCCUCACAAAGGGCGUCAAAAAGCUGAGUGUCAAAGGCAAAGGUAAAGGUAAAGGUGGCAAGAAGAACGCUGAGGAUGCCUCCGAUGAGGAGGAGCCAACUGCAGUCAGUCAGUCCGCCAAGAAGUCUGCAUUUAACCUGCUCGAUGAUGAUGAUGCCGAUGACGAUGAGGUUGACGAUGAAGCACCAGCUUCCGAUGAGGAGGAGCAGCCGGUGGCUGUUAAGCCCGCAAAGAAGAACGAAAAGAAAGGGAAGAAGAACAAACGCAAGGGCAAAGAUGAUGACGAUGAGGAUCUGGACAAGAUGCUGGCCGAAUUGCAGGCGGAAUAUGCGGGUGAAGCGCCAGCAGCUGCAGCUGCUCCAGCAGCAUCUAUCACUAAGCCUGAGCAGUCCAAGAAGAACCAGAAGCAACAGGCAGAAGUCGUUGAAGAUGAUAGGGAUGAUCAGGAGAAUGAAGAGGGGGGCGGCAUGAAGACAGCAGCGCAAAAGAAGAAGGAGAAGAAGGAGCGACAAAAACGUGACGCGGCCCAGGCCAAGCAGCGUGCAGCACUGGAGCCAAAGCAGAAGCCAGCUCCUACUCCAGCUCCUGCUCCAGCACCAGAGCCAGAAGAGCUACUCGAAGCAGAAGCAGUUGCUCCCGAGCCAGAGGCUGAAGAUGUCGACAAGGCUGGCAAGAAUAAGAAGAAGGGCAAGAAAGACAAGAAAACGGAGCCCGAAGAGGAGAAAAAGGAUACGAAGAAGAAGGGCAUGUCAGCUGCCAUGGUGGCCGCCAUGCAGGAUCAGCUCAGAAAGCGCAAGGAGGAGGAGGAACGCCAGCAAAAACUGGAGGAGGAGCGCAUCCGUUUGGAGGAUGAGCGCGAAGAGGCGCGCUUGGAGGCGGUGCGCAUCGAAGCCGAACGCAAGGAGAAGAAGAAACAAAAGGAGGCCGAACGCAAGGCGCGCCUCAAAGCCGAAGGCAAACUGCUGACCAAGAAGCAAAAGGAGGAUCGUGCUCGUGCCCAGGCGCUGCUGGAGUCACUCAAGGCGCAAGGCCUCGAAAUACCCGAUCCCAACGAGCGGCGUUCCACGCGGCCAGGCACCCGCAUCAGACCCAACAAGAAGAAGGUUCCCAAGGACGGCGCCAACGAGGAGGAGCCCAAGGAUGAAGCUCAACUGGCGGCGGAUGCAGCUGCCGCUGCUGCAGCCGCUGAGGAAACGGCCAAGGAGAUCAUCAAGGAGAGCUGGGAUGCCACCGAUAGCGAAGCUGAACCCGAGGAGGAAUCCUCACAGGCAACCACAAACACAACCACCAACAACAAUGGCAAAACUGGACCCGCGGACAAUGAGGAAACCGAUGAGAAUAGCGACUCCGAUGAUGACAGCGAUGAAUCGGACGAGCAAAGCGAGGAAUCCGACAAGGAGGACCCGGCUGGCUUGGCCAAUGAUCCCGAAUCGCGUCGUUUGCGUGCCGAGGCGCGCAUUCUCAAACGGCAAUCGGAUGCGGAAAAGAAACGCACCACGGAUGAGCUGCGUGCGGGUGUCGUUUGUGUUCUCGGCCACGUGGACACAGGCAAAACGAAGAUCUUGGAUAAGCUGCGACGCACAAACGUUCAGGACUCAGAGGCCGGUGGCAUUACGCAGCAGAUAGGUGCCACCAAUGUGCCCAUUGAAGCCAUCAAGGAGCAGACGAAAUUUGUGAAGAACGGCACCAGUUUUGAGCAUCGUCUGCCCGGGCUGCUGAUCAUCGAUACACCCGGCCACGAAUCGUUCAGUAAUCUGCGCAAUCGUGGCUCCUCUCUCUGUGAUAUCGCCAUUCUGGUUGUAGACAUUAUGCACGGCCUGGAGCCGCAAACCCUUGAAUCCAUACAGCUGCUCAAGAAGAAGAGAUGCCCAUUUAUUGUAGCGCUCAAUAAGAUCGAUCGAUUGUAUGACUGGCAAGUGCUGCCCCGACGCGAUGUCCGGGAUGUGAUCAAGGAGCAGCAGAGCAACACUCAACUGGAGUUCCAACAGCGCACCAAGGAGGUCAUCCUCCAGUUUGCCGAGCAGGGUUUGAAUGCGGUGCUUUUCUAUGAGAAUACGGAUCCCAAGACGUACAUCUCACUGGUGCCCACCAGUGCCAUCACUGGCGAGGGCAUGGGCAAUCUCCUGUUUAUGAUUACCGAUUUCUGUCAGAAUAUGCUGGCCAAGCGUUUGAUGUACUCCGAGGAGCUGCAGGCCACAGUGCUGGAGGUGAAGGCCAUUCCUGGUUUGGGCACCACCAUCGAUGCCAUCCUCAUCAAUGGCAGACUGCGUGAGGGUCAAACCAUGAUCCUGGCUGGCACAGAUGGACCGAUAACCACACAAAUCCGUUCCCUGCUCAUGCCACAGCCGAUGAAGGAGUUGCGCGUGAAGAACGCCUAUGUGGAGUACAAGGAGGUGAAGGCGGCGCAGGGCGUAAAGAUCGCUGCCAAGGAUCUGGAAAAGACAAUUGCGGGCAUCAAUCUGCUUAUUGCGCACAAGCCCGAUGAGGUCGACAUUUGCAAAGAGGAAGUUGCUCGCGAACUGAAGAGCGCUCUGAGCCACAUCAAGUUGGCCCAAGCGGGCGUCUAUGUGCAGGCCUCAACUUUGGGCUCAUUGGAGGCACUCCUCGAAUUUCUGCGCACUUCAAAGAUUCCGUACUCCGCCAUACGUAUUGGGCCCGUGGUCAAGCGUGAUGUGAUGAAGGCCUCAACGAUGCUGGAGCAUGAGCCGCAAUAUGCAACGAUCUUGGCAUUCGAUGUGAAAGUGGAGCGCGAGGCGCAGGAUAUGGCUGAAUCGCUGGGUGUUAAGAUAUUCCAGGCGGACAUUAUCUAUCAUCUGUUCGAUAAGUUCACCGCCUAUCGGGACGAUCUCAAGCAGAAGAAACGCGAAGAGUUCCGCUCCAUUGCCGUCUUUCCAUGCAAACUAAAGAUACUGCCUCAAUUCAUAUUCAACAGUCGCGAUCCGAUCGUUAUGGGCGUUAUGGUUGAGAAUGGCAUUGUCAAAGUGGGUACGCCAAUCUGUGUGCCCAGCAAAGAGUUUGUGAACAUUGGCAUUGUCACCUCGAUUGAGUCGAAUCACAAGAAUAUCGAUUUCGCACGAAAAGGUCAGGAGAUUUGCAUCAAAAUCGAACCAAUUCCCGGAGAAUCACCCAAAAUGUUUGGACGACACUUCGAGGCGGACGAUAUGCUCGUGAGCAAGAUUUCACGACAGAGCAUCGAUGCCUGCAAGGACUAUUUCCGUGAUGAUUUGAUCAAGACCGACUGGGCGCUGAUGGUCGAACUGAAGAAACUGUUUGAGAUUCUCUAAACAAUUGCCAAAUUAGCAUAAACAUCUACAAAUACAACAAUGCACACCGGAGCAACAAAAGCAAAAAAGAAAAAAAAGAAAAGAAAACUAAAACAAAAACUAUAAUUGUUGUAGUAAUUGCAACUAAACUCUCAACUCUUAACAACAGACUGCUUGAGCUCGAGGCCCGGGCCGACUAUGCUUACAAAAAAGAAAACAAAUCAAAAACAAAAACAAAAACAAAUAAUUUGUUAGUUUCGUGCAGCUUAGUUUUUUUUUUUUUAAUGGUUUAACACAGUCGGUUGUCGUCGUCAAACAAAAAUGUGCUUAAAACGAUUUUUAAAUGAUAUUUGUGAAUGCUUUUUGCAUAAGAAAACCUUUGAUUGCCUGCGCUUCUUUUUGUUACGCCUGAAACUAAGGACAAAAUUAAAAGUUGUAAAAAAGAAAAAGAAAACCAAUUUA